CAGAUCGUCGGAAGAAAUUGAAAUAAAAAUGUCAAUCGCCAAUCGUUUUGGCUUUGAUUUCUAUCUGCCGGAUGGCAGUUUGUGCUCUCCCAAGGAUGACUUGUACUUUCGCCGUAGCGCCGAAUGGGUGCCCUUGGAGAAAGCCGGGGUCGGACGGUCGUUUGCCAACACAAAUGGUGUUAUUUAUCCUCGCGUGAUUGGUAUGCUCCCACGCUAUGGGGGCCAUGUACCUGGUGAGAUUUUCGAUGUGGGCCGCACCUACGGACGUUCGACAAUUGAUGCCAAACGCUGGCUGGCCUUGCACCGAGACUAGUCUAUAAACAUGGUUAUAAAAUAUUUAAAUUUCGCGCACUGAUUACGCCAGUGUUACCCCAUUAAUCAAAUGGUUGGCCAAGUAUCAAACAAGUAUUAAAAUUUAUUGUUAUAUCUAGUCUAAAAACCAAUCGUUGCAAUGCACAUAAUGUAAUUAAAUAUAGUCCGUAUUCUUCUUAA